AUGCCCUUGACUUAUAGUAGGACCCAAUCUUUAUCGCCUGGGCGUUAUACAAACCCCUUCUUCCCCGCGUUCCCCCUUCCUCCCCCUUCCCCCAUUGUCCUGCUCGCUUCAUCUUGCCCACUCUUCCCUCCUCGCUCUUUCCCCUUCUUCUCGCUGCCUUCUCUCUAUUUCCGCCCCCCCUCACCUCCCCCUCUCCCUCCCCCUCUUGUCCCUGUCUUUUCUCAAUCUCCCCCUUGCCCGCUCCCUCUCUUCCCACUGCUCUUUCCCCACCUUUCCUCAUGCACCCCCCUUCUCCUUUUCCAUCUUUCCCCCGCUCUCUCUCCUAUUCCUCAUGCACUCUUCCCUACGCUCUCCCUUUCCAUCCUACGCCCUCCCCGCCCCUUCCUACGCUCUCUCCUCUUCCCCCUACGCUCUCUCCUCUCCCCCCUACGCUCUCCCCUCUCCCCCCUACGCUCUCCCCUUUCCCCUACGCUCUCCCCUCUCUCCCUAUGCUUCUCCCCUACGCAUCCCCCCUCUUUCCUCUACGCUCUCCUUUCUUUCCCCUACGCUCUUCCCUCUUUCCCGUACGCUCUCGCCUCAUUCCCCUGUGUUCUUUGCCCCCUCUCCUUCCCUUUUCUUCCCUCUCCCACUCGUUUCUUGAUCUAUCCCCCCCUUCCCCUGCAGUCUUCCUCCAUUCCCCUGCGCUCUUCUCCUUUUUUUUGCACUCUUCCCCCCCUCUCCUGCAUCCUUGCCAAUUUCUCUUUUCCCUGCGCCCUUCCCCUCAUUCCCUCCUCUCUCCAGCACUGCACCUUUCUCUCUCCCUCUCUUUCCCUGUUCUCCUCCCUCCCCCAAGCUCUCUCGCCUCUCCCCCCGUCUCGAAUGGGCCUUGUAUUGAUUGAUGGGUGA